GUCUGGAAUAUUCCAUGGUGAGUCACGGGUGAUGACGUAACACCAAAACAUUUCGGAAGAAGACAAGAUGACGACAGGCUGACCAGCUCGAGGUUUGUAGGAGCUCACAAAUAUGAAGACAGAAGCUUCAAGUCCAGAAGAUACAAAGGAUAAGACUCAGAAGACGGCAGAUGGGAAGGUGAAGAAGCAGGCUAAACGUGGACGGAAGCCCUCCAAGAUCGACAUGAAGGCGAAGUUAGAGAGAAGCCGACAGAGCGCGCGGGAGUGCCGGGCCCGCAAGAAGCUCCGCUACCAGUACCUGGAGGAGAUGGUGGCCAACAGGGAGAAGACGAUCAUCACUCGCAGACAGGAGCUGGACAAGCUGAAGAAGUGGUGUGAGGAGAUCGAUGCGGGGACUGUCCCUCCACAGGCCGUACAGAUGGCCAGACAGGUGCAGGAGGAGCCGGAGGACGAUGAUGACGAUCUUCUGUCUGCUGACGAAUAGGGAGAUUCUUCCAGGAGGAAUGGGAUAAAGACACUGUUGACUUGAGAUUCCCUUUAAAAAUAAGCCUCUUAGGCUGUCGUCUGGACCUGUUUGUUAUUU